AUGUCUACAGAGUCUGUUCCCCCUCCGGCUGUUCUCAGUGUAGAAAAGCCGACAACGUCCAAGACAACCAAGGCGUGGAUUGAAGUUGAGAAGGAGGUCCAGGCACUGAAGACGCCCAAAGGUACACCGGCUAGAAAGUAUAAUCCUCCUUUCACAGAUGAAAGCGCUUGCGCCGUGCUGGUGAGCGAAGUCAUUGUCGACUACAAGAAGCACGCAAGAAACCUUCAUGAUCGACCGCAGCAGAUAUCUCAAUGCAGGCGCGGUGGGUUGGUGUUCUUCCCUGGCACCACCCCCAUCGGUACCAACUUUAUGAUAAUCAACCCUAUUUUCAUCGAAGGAAAAUCGACGAUAGGAGGUAUUGAGGUGGAUACGAAUCACUACUAUAUCGUUCUAACGGAAUGCGACGUCGUGGUCAAAACGGACGGUAAAUUAGUGACACUGGCGAUGUCGGAUAUAGGGUGA